AUGUCGAGCGCGAGCAAUGACCCGGAGGGGGCGGCGCCCGAGGACCCGCUCAAGUGGGGCGAGUCGCCGGAGCUGUACCUGUCGUACGGCACGGUCUCGCUCGCUGGCCGGCGCCCGGAGCUGACCGACGCCGUGGCGGCCGAGCGGUCGUUCACGGUGCUGUCGCCGCCCAUGGGCCUGGACUACUUCGCGGUGGUCGACGGCCGCCACCUCGGCGCGGCCGUCGCCGAGCGCCUGCCCUCGCGGCUGGGCAAAGCGAUCGCCGAGCAGGUCGAGGGCGAGCUGCUCAGCGAGAGCCCGCGGUUCCUUGCAGCGUCGCGCGACGACGUGGCGGCGUGGUGGAGGGCGGCCAUCGAGGAGGCGUUCCGCGUCGUCCACGAGGAGGUAGCCGGCGAGGGCGGCGCGCCCGUCGUCCCGACGGCGCUCGUCGCGCUGGUCAUGGAGAAGUACUUCGUGGUCGCGAGCUCCGGCGGCGCCAAGGCCGUGCUAUGCCGCGGCGGCGAGCACGUCCAGCUCACUCCCGAUCCCGAGCGCAUGGCACAGGCCAACAAGCAGGAAGAUGAGAACAAGAGCGUCGAACACGCCGGCGGCCAUGUGGUCGACGACUCCACAUCCAAGCUUGACAACGUUCUGCAGACUACUCUGGCAUCUGGGAGCUCGUCGGUGCACAAGCCGCCGCCGCCGGCAGUGAUCCCGGAGCUGGACGUGGCGGCGGUGGAGCGGAAGGACCGGGACGAGUUCCUGAUCCUGGCCAGCGGCGGGCUCUGGGGCGCCGUGUCGACGGAGUCGGCGUGCGCCUUCGUGCGGCGGAGGCUGGGGGAGAAGACCUCGCGGAUCGCCGUGCCGUGGGAGGCGCCGCCGGUGGACGCCGCGGUCUCGGGGACCCUGCUCGCCAGGGAGCUCGCCGAGAAGGCGGUGCACGCCGGCAGCCAGGGCAACGUCAGCGUCGCCAUCGUCCUGUUCAGCGACUUCUGGGCGCAGUUCGAGCGCGCGCCAACGGGUGAUGAGUGA